GAAACGAGUAACCUUAUGGCUGAAAUUGUGGCGUAUCCCUAGUAAUGUUGAAGUUGAACGGACAUGAUUUGUAUGAAAUGACUGACUGCUGUCUAAUAUUUACUCUCGGCUUCAGAAUUAAGCUGUGGUAUUUUUGAAAGGCUGGUGGACACAAAAAUGACACUCAGAGUGUUUCUGGCUCUAUUGCUCCCCCUGCUGGUUGGGAGCACCUCAGCUUCUCAGGAACUGUUCCCGACAGACUGCUCUGACGUCUACGCUAAUGGACAAACCCUGAGUGGAGUUUACACCAUCUACCCUGCAGGUGACACACCUGUACAGGUGUACUGUGACAUGGGCUGUAAUGGACAGACAGAGGAUGCGAAGUGGACGGUGAUUCAGAGGAGGAUGGAUGGCAGUGUGAACUUCUAUAGGCCAUGGGCGCAGUACAAGAAAGGAUUUGGCAACAAAAAUGGAGAAUACUGGCUGGGAUUGGAGAACCUCUAUCAGCUCACGCACAAGAGGAAGUAUGAGUUGAGAGUGGACCUGCAGGACUUUGAGGGAGUGAAGGUUUACGCCCAGUACUCUACUUUCUCUGUGGAAUCAGAAACUGAUGGCUACAAACUCCACGUUGGUGGUUUCAUCAACGGAGGAGCAGGUGACUCUUUGGAGACAAACAAUGGACAGAUGUUCUCCACCUUUGACAAAGACCAGGACGCUACAAAGGAAAGUAACUGUGCUAAAUCCUACCUCGGAGGGUUUUGGUACAGUGCUUGCCACCACGCUAACCCCAACGGUAUCUAUCUGUGGGGGAAGGAUGGCACCUUUUAUGCUAUUGGAAAUGUGUGGUAUCACUGGAAAGGCUAUGAUUAUGGUCUCAAGUUCAUCAGUAUGAAGAUCAGGCCUUUACCGGAGACUCAGGCAGUCUAAAACCAGGAAUGAUGAUACACUGAGCCAUGCUUUGUUGUUUUGUUUUUUUUAAAAUGUAAUAUUUGCUCAUCCACAUAAAUUAAUUACUUUGCAUUUCAUAUUACAUUGCAAGGUACAAAAAAUAAAUAGUUGACAAUAUUUUUAAAAAAAACAACCUUUGGUAAAGUCAUUCAUCAACGAUGUACAUUCAUUAUUAGAGUACAAAAUUAAUAAGGCUAGAUGAAAAUAUAUGUAUAUGCUCUUUGUCUUUUGGCCUGAUCCUGUCGACUUUGUUAUGACUGCGAUAUUCUGGUUUUGUAUUGUUUUGGAUGUGACUUUGGGCUGUUCUGUGACAAUGAUUUCGGAGCUCCCUCAAAGUAGUAAAGCCUCGUCAGUUUUUUUUAAAUCCGCACAUUUGUGUCAUUCUGUCAUGAUACGUCAUUAUCUGUUUACUAGUUACUCUGAGUUAACAACCAGUGCUUGCCUAAAGCAGCAUUUUUACUCAUUGUUAAACUAUGUUUGAGCAAAUUUAUUCACCUCUAUACACUGGUUUGCCUCCCCCCUUGGGUGAGGGUACGGCAAACGUAUUCGGCCUGCUAGUAAAUAAACGUUGUGCAAUGACAAA